AUGCUCAAUCGAGAUUAUGUAAAUGGAUUAAUACAUAAUGAUGAUGCUUUUACAUUCUUAAGAUGUGAUCGAUCUUCACCAGCAUUUUGGGAACUAAAAAAGAAAGAAGUUAUGGCAAUGAUCAGGCAAUUAGGAUGUCCAACACUAUUUUUAACAUUAUCAGCAGCAGAAACAAAAUGGUCAGAACUAAUUGUAAUAUUGACUCAAGUGUUGGAAAAUAAAGUAAUAACAUUAGAGGAAGCAGAAAACAUGAGUUAUGAAAAGAAAUGCGAUUUGAUAAGAAAUGAUCCUGUAACAUGUGUUCGUUAUUUUGAACAUAGAUUAAAAUAUUUAUGGGAAAUAUUAUCAGCUCCUUGUGGUCCAUUUCAAGGCUAUGAAUUAGUAGACAAAUAUGUCAGAACUGAAUUCCAAGUUCGUGGUUCACCACAUGUUCAUGCUCUACUGUGGUUAAAAAAUGCUCUGAAAUACGACAAAGAGAAACCUGAAUCGAUCGAAAGAUGUACAGAAUUUAUUGAUAAAUUGAUUUCGGUUAGUUCUAAGCCAACGAAGUUUUCUGAAGAACUUAUCAAUUUGCAACGUCAUAAGCACUCACAUACUUGUAAAAAAUAUGUAACAGAUUGUAUUAAAUGUCGUUUUGGUAUUCCAUAUUUUCCGAUGAGAAAAACGAUGAUUUUAGAACCAUUUAGUGACGAUGAAAAGUUAACUAAGAAAGAACGUGAAGAGAUCAGCAAAAAUAGACAGAAUGUAAUCAAAGAACUUGAUAAAAUAUCAAAAGAUCAAGAUAAUUCAUUAACUUUUGAAGAAUUCUU